AUGAAGUUGGUGCGGGCAUUUUCCUCGAAACGGCCGGUCCUCCGGUUGGGACUGAAAAUGCUGCAACUGAUUAGCCUGUGGGGCGAUUCGCAUCGGUUCAAGUACACGUAUGCGUUGCUGCUCGCUUUCAUCGCUGGAACUUGGCUCAUUCCGAAGAUCUUUCUCGGCUCCGGAAAGGAAGGUUUCGAAUCCUUUCUGCGGAACAUUGCCGAACUGAUUUUCCUGUCGGAGAAUGUUAUCACGCUUGGAUGUUUCGUGCUGCGCGUUCGUUCCUUUGGACGGUUGGUUGAUGUGUUGGAACGCAUAUUCCUCCGCCGGUGGCCGGAUCCGCUGCAGUCGGAAAUCGAAUCAAUCAACCGGGAGCUGGACAAGGCUUCCAAGUCGUAUAUAGUUUACUUAUUCUCAAUGUGGGUUUUCUUUGUGGUUAGCCCAAUACUGUUUACGGUAGCGAAAAUAUUGCUUUGGGAUGAAACCGAGCGAGGUGAUUUUGUGCUACACAAUGAGACGCAAUUCUACUGGUUUGAUGCUCGCCGAAACAUACUCCAUUACUGCAUUUUUGCCGCAUUCUGUUGUAUGGCAUCUUCCUGUUCAGCGUACAUUAUCACCCUAAAAGGGGCACUUUUCCAAGUGAUAAUACGCUACGGUUACAAACUGUUCGAACUUGUGACGAAACGAAUUACCACAUUGGCACGGUUCGAGCGAGUUGAAGAUCGUCGGGCUGAACUGCAUGAGAUCAUACAGUUGCAUCAGAUGACGUUGGAGUAUCUCGGACACCUGGAAAGCACUAUGAGUUUCAUCUUGUUGAAUCAAACCCUUAGCUGCCUUCUGGUUUGGUGCCUGAUGUUGUUUUACGUUUCAUCGAACUUUGGAUUGGAUGCCGCAAACGUUAUGAUUCUGUUCAUUGUGCUGCUAGUGGAAAUGCUAGUUUAUUGCAAGAAUGGCACCAUCCUAAGCGAGAAGGCUGCACAAGUAGCAAACGCUAUUUACGUCUACGACUGGUACAAAGAUCCCAUCGAUAUGCAACGGAAGGUUAUGCUGAUGAUAGAACGUGCUCAAAAACCUGCCGGAAUAACGGCGGCUGGUUUCUAUUAUGUUAACAUACAAAGAUUCGGAGCGACGGCCCAGGCCACCUACUCGUAUUACUUGAUUUUGAAAAAUCGGUUUUAG